AUGGCCAGCGCCGGUUCGGAUCUGGAGCUCCUGCUGGAGGAGCAGCGUCCAGAGACCAGCAGCUUUACGUUUCCGCGGCGCAUGGCCUUGGCGCUGGGCUUCCUGGGGCUUCUGGCAGUGGGCAUUGUGGGCAUCGUGGCCCGCGGCACAACCCGCGGCCUGCGCAGCAAGUCGGGCGCUUUCGUGGUCUUGGAUGCCGACACUGCCGACUGCUUCGAGGCCUCCACCUACUACAGCGGCCCGAUCAAGAUGGCUGGAACGGAAAGGACCAGCGAGAUGACCCAGGAGGCUUGCCAACAGCGUUGCCUUUCCGUUGACGGCUGUGCGCACUUCACCUUCUGGCCUGAUGGGGGCUGCCUGUUGACAGAUGAGUCAUCAGUUGCCUCACCUGCCCCGGAGAAGCAUGCAGACACCGUAUCCGGACCACCAUACUGCGGGGAGAAGCCGGCAACGGCAGAAACCGAUGUUGCCAUUGACGCUGAAGAUGGGGAGGAGAAGGCAAGUGUUGAGACUCCUACACUUGCUCCGGUUCCCACGGUGGCGCCCAUUCCUGGCAUCAACGGCACGACGUGUGCCAAGUACCCUGCCUGUGUUGCUCACGGAAUCGAGGAGGGGAACUGCUGCCCCAACGAUGAUAACGUGGCACUUGGUUGCUGCAUGGGAUUUCCACCAGUGGUCGCCGCGCCGAAGAUCGCCGCUGGGACGGAAUGCUCAUCCUUUCCUUCAUGCGUUGCGCUCAACAUCACAGGCGCUUGCUGCCCGACUCCUGAUGGCACACGCCUGGGCUGCUGUGACUCGAUCUAG